AGAUAGAAAGGUAAUAAAAGGCGGCUCUUUCUUGAUUAGAAUUUAUACUCAUUUGCCCCACAUUAGUCAAUUAUAUUUGCCUCUCCCAUUUCUUUGCUCUUUCUAAUCCUCUUACCUUCUCCAUUUCUUUAUAUACGCCUUGUUCAAAAACUCCAUUUUACUCUGUUUCUCUUAAUUCAAUUUAACAGAAACCAGCAAGAGAUAAAAAAAAUGGAAGUUAUGAUACCAUAUAAUGAAAAGGAUAAUUUUGAUUUCAAUAGUGCAAGAUCAACACCAUUUACAAGUCCACCAGCAACACCAAAGCCAUUUAAUGGCGAAUUUUACUUCAGCGCACCUCCAAGCCCUACUCAUUUGUCCCAAUUUUAUCGUGAAUUUGAAAGCUUAUUCGUUGCUGAUGGUGAUGAUGAUGAUAAAGAUAAGGGUGAAAUUAGUAGUCAUGUCGAUGAAUUUGCGUUCGAUGUUGGUCAAGAAUUGGAAACUGGCUCUGUUUCAGCUGAAGAUUUGUUCGAUGGUGGUAUGAUCAAGCCGUCUCCUGUUAUGGAAACUCGAAAGAAAAGAAUAGGAUUUUCUUCGACAAAUAAACAAGUUGAAGAAGCAGAGCAGCAAAGGGAGAGCAGGGGAAAACAGAGAGGUUCGUUGUCGAACUCGUCAAGUAGAAGAUCAGCAAGGUCACUUUCACCUAUGAGAAGAACUUCACAGUAUCUAUGGCAAGAAGAGGAGGUAGAAGAAGAGGAAGAAAACGGAGAAAUGAAAAAGCAAUCGUGUUCAUUAUUGUCUUCUUCAUCAUCAUCUAAAGGAAGCAAAAAAUGGAGAUUCAAAGAUUUAUUCUUGUUUAGGAGUGCAUCAGAAGGAAGAGCAUCAGAUAAAGAUCCAUUAAAGAAAUAUACAGUUGCGGGUUAUAGAGAAGGAAAAUAUUCGAGCAUUAAGGGUAAUAACGAAACCUCUUCUUCUUCUUCGAAAUCGUCAUCAAAAUCGAUCGUUACAUCAAGAACAACAAAAAGGGGAAAAGUAUCAGCUCAUGAAUUGCAUUACACAGUAAACAGAGCAGUUUCAUCUGAUUUGAAAAAGAAGACUUUUUUACCAUAUAAGCAGGGGAUUUUGGGACAAUUGGCUUUUAAUCCUGCUGUUCAUGCAUUGGCCAAUGGGUUCGGAUUAUCAAAAAAAUAGACUCGAGUGGUUCGGUCUUCCUGAAUUCCUCGCAUACCUAGGGCUCUAGUGGUUCGGUCCUCUUGAAUCUCGUACAUAGCUGAAGCUUUAAUUUUGCAUCAGGCAUCGGACUGUCCUUUUGAUGUUUUGAGAUAUGAAAUCAGUUGCUCAAAUCAUACCUCUGGGUUGCACGGAGAUGCUUUCUUUUGAUAUUAAUUCCAUUUGUUCUUUUAAAAAAAAAAAAAAAAAAAUUGUAUAGACAAUAUUUGUCUUCUUUUUUUCUUUCUUGUUUAUGUAAUGUUAUUUUGUUUAUGAGUUGAAGGAGUGGCUAUUGUCAAAAAAAGUAGGUGACAUAUAUCCAUAUUCCUAUGUAAGUUUUGUAAGUUUUACUGUUGUAAGUUUAUAAGAUGAAUAAUUCCUUUUCUCAUAAGGGAUUUAACUUCAA